AUGGCCAUGAACGUAUGGGUGGAGGUGAAAAGUGCUCCACGGGAUAUCAAGCUGCUAUGGGCGUCCGUCUUUUUGAGAUUACUGUCAUUCGGUGUGACUAACCAACUGCUGACUCUCUUUCUUAGAGAGCUGCAUAUGCGGGAGGAUAAGAUUGGGUUGUUUAUGUCGCUGACACUGGCAGGGGACGUUGCUUGUAGUUAUGUGUUGACAUGGUAUGCGGACGUCUGGGGUCGGAGGAAAGUCUUGAUGUACGGUGCAGUGAUGAUGUUCCUGUCAGGGCUAGUGUUUGCGACAUCUGAGAGUUUCAAUAUGUUACUUGUGUUUGCCAUAUUCGGGGUCAUUUCUCCAUCCAGUGAUGAGGUGGGACCCUUCAAGUCUAUUGAAGAAUCGAUGAUUGCACAUUUAUCUCCGAACAACAAACGACCAGAGAUCUACGCUAUCCACGGUUUUGUGGCAACUCUGGGUGCAGCUCUCGGUGCUAUUAUUAGUGGUGCCUUUAUUCAUACAUUGAAAUACACCUUUGGAGUUGAAUCCGACUUGAAAUGCUAUAAGUGGGCUUUCGUACUGUACGCUGCGUUUGCUUUGGGUAAACUCAUCAUGAUGUCUUUACUAUCUGAGAGAACGGAGUUGGAUAGUCAUUUCCAUAACGAACAUUUACCCGCGGAGAGUAUCGUGACAGACGAGAUGGCACCUCUAUUGGAACAGCGCCAAGAAGCUAUCGAAAGAGAAGAGCAACAUCAAACGCAGCAAGCUCCAAACAGCAGCUUAUCUAAAGAAACGGUCUCCAUUUUAAUGAGGCUUUUGGUGAUAUUUAUGACAGAUUCUUUAGGUUCUGGAUUUAUGACUAACGGUUGGAUGGUAUACUACUAUAAAAAAUGGUUCCAUAUGAAGGCGUUAGGGUUAGGUACUCUGUUCUUUUGCACCCAGUUAGUAAUGACUGCGACAAUUUUCCCAUCCUCAAUUCUGCCAAGGAUUUUUGGUCCAGUGAGAGCCACGUUGUUGGUGCAAGUACCAUCGGCAAUUUUUUCUAUUCUGAUCCCUUUAGCAUCUGAGCAUUUGUCUUGGUCUAUUUCUUUUUGGUCAAUGCACUUUGGUACUUCAGCUAUGGAUGUGACCUCAAGACAGAUUCUACUGACCAAUUUAAUUAGACCGCAGGACUUGACCAAAGUAAUGGGCGUGGUGAACAUGGGUAAGACUUUUUCUCGGUGCAUUGGGCCCACGUUUACCGGACUACUUGCCAAGAGAGGCUACUUAUGGGUAUGUUACAUUGUAAGUGGUGUGCUGGUAAUGUUAGCUGAUGCAAUCCUGGCUUGUUCGUUCUUGCAUGUUGAUAAGCAAAUCUUGCAACAGAUAAACUCAUAG